AAAUAUACAUUAACAAUAUAUUUGAAUAAAUGUUAAAAAUAUAAAGAUAGAUAUUAUUUACCUAAUAGAUUUUUAAACCGUAACAGAGCUAAUGUAUCAAUAAAUAUUUUUCUCAAGUUAAUAUUCAAAUUAAUCCUCAAUUAAUUGUAUAUACCUCAUCGUUAAAAAUUAACCACACGUUCAUACUAGAUAUUAUAAUAUUAAAUUAGUUAAACAGAAAAAUCACGUUCAAAAUGUAUUUCAAUUCUCCAACCGUUAUCACGUCACCGUACUUGAUAAUUGCUAUGAUUUUAUUUAAAAAAGUGUCGCAAUCAUUCUGUCUAUUAUUAUACAUGCAUUUGUUAUUGGUGGAAACUGAAGCUCUUUCAGACCUAUUAUACAAUACGUCGUAGGUCGGAAACGAAUAUCGCUGGUCGUUAAUCACAUAAUAUGUGUCGAACGUGAAUAUGACUUGUAAUUCUACGACAGAGCUGCUACGUCGAAAGUCGCACUAACGAUAUACGGUUAAAAGCCACGGAUGUGAUGGACGAUGAAAAUUAUGCCAUUUAUGUAAAUUUAUUGUCAAUACUAGUAAGAGUCAUAGAAAUAUUAACGAAAUUGUAAAGUUAAAAUUACUGUUAAAAAAGCGUAAAACAAGAAGAUGGUGGGUUAAGCCUUACAUUACUACGAAUAUCGGCCAUAAUUUAGGUGCACAAACAAAAUUGUUUGAAUAUUUUCCAAAGCGUGAGCAUGAAGAAUUUUUAAAGUCUACAAGAAUGAUGGUACAACAGUUUAACUAUUUAAACGAUUUUUUGAAACUAAGAUUACAAAAAGGAAGUCACGAUAAAUCGCUCUGACGUCAUCAGUCGUAGUCGUAAAUCGGAUGAGAUGAGCCAUGACCACCUCUCGUUUCAACAACGACAAUCAGCUUGCGACAAUUUCUAACGGUAGGCUCAGUGCACGUACGCUCGACAUUCAAUUACGAUAUGUGACGUAUUUUGUAGAACUGACCUGGGCGGUAGUGUAUAGUUUAUCUUUAUUUGAGUGACAUGACAAUGAGCUAUGCUUCCUUGUUUUCUUAAAUUUGAAAAUGUAGUAAUUAGAGUUCCGACUCAUCCUCGCACGUUCGAGCAUUAUCGUAAAUCCUCGACUGGCGAUAGUGUGUAUCAUACGUUUUUGACGGUAAUAUUGUACUGCGCGCUGUCUUGGCAAUAGCAUGAAUUGUGUUCAGCAAUCAAUAAAGUGAUUAUUGAACCGAUAUGAGUUUUGUCGUACUCAUUAAUCUGGAUAAGUCAGUGGAAAUAAACAGGUGCUACAAGCUUAAAUAGUCUCUCGCAUUAGUUUUUUUACCUAAAAAACACAAAAACUUGCAACAAUUAUCAAGAUUGUCGCUUAAGACACGGGUAUAGAUUCAUCCUCUGGUAAUACUACACAAGUUUCGAUAGUUAUUCUCCGGCACUUGUAUACUGCAGACAUAUUUUAACUUUGCUCUCUUAUAUUAGUUCAUCCGCUCUGACAAAUCAUAUAUUUUAUAUAUUUGUAAAAGAUGGAUCCAGAGAGCUUCAAGGACUGCGCAAAAGAGAUGGCGGAAUAUAUCGCAAACUACUUGGAAAAUAUUAGAGACAGAAGAGUCUUGCCUACGGUGGAGCCAGGAUACAUGAGACCACUCUUGCCAUCUGAAGCACCCCAAACCCCUGAACAAUGGAAAGAUAUAAUGGCCGAUAUCGAAAGAGUAAUAAUGCCAGGCGUUACUCAUUGGCAGAGUCCAAAAUUCCAUGCAUACUUUCCCUAUCUUCAAUCAUAUCCCGCGAUUCUAGCCGAUAUGUUAAGUGGAGCAAUUUCGUGCAUUGGAUUCACGUGGAUUGCGAGUCCAGCUUGUACUGAACUAGAAAUGAUCACAGUAGAUUGGCUGGGAAAAAUGUUGGGCCUGCCCAAAGAAUUUCUUUUCUGUAGCGGUGGAAAAGGCGGUGGCGUCAUAGAAGGCAGUGGCAGCGAAUCGACUUUCUUAGCGUUAUUAGGAGCGAAGGCUAAAAAGAUCAAGCAAGUUAAAAAACAGCAUCCUGAUUGGACGGAAAACGAGAUUGUCGGUGAACUAGUCGCAUAUUGUUCUUGCCAAGCACAUACUUCGGUUGAACGCGCUGGACUUAUCGCAGGAAUAAAAUUAAGACAGUUAGAGGUCGAUGAUAAAUACAAGCUGCGCGGCGAUACAUUAGCCGAAGCAAUAAGAAAGGAUAAAGAAGAAGGACUCAUACCGUUUUACGCUGUCGCUGCUUUGGGUACCACUGGUAGUUGCGCAUUUGAUUCUCUCGAUGAAAUUGGCAUUGUAGCGAAUCGUGAAGACGUUUGGUUGCAUGUGGAUGCUGCUUAUGCAGGAGCUGCUUUUAUUUGUCCGGAAUUCAGAUAUUUAAUGAAAGGUAUUGAAAUGGUAAAUUCAUUCUAUUUCAAUCCUCAUAAAUGGAUGUUAGUUAAUUUCGAUUGCUCUGUCCUGUGGCUUAAGAAUCCGACAUAUUUGAUAAACGCUUUCAAUGUUGAUCCUUUGUAUCUGAAGUACGAUAUGCAGGAUGCUGCACCGGAUUAUAGGCAUUGGCAGAUUCCACUUGGACGUAGAUUCCGAUCUCUGAAACUUUGGUUCGUACUGAGGCUCUAUGGGGUUGAAAAUCUUCAAAAGUUCAUCAGAUCGCACGUCGCUCAAGCACACGAAUUCGAAGCAUUAGUUCUUUCCGAUCCUCGAUUCCAAAUCAUAGGCGAAGUUGUCAUGGGAGUGGUUUGUUUCCGAUUGAAGGGAUCCAACAAACUCAACGAAGCCUUGCUAAAGAAAAUCAACGAUGCAGGAAACGUCCAUCUCGUUUCAUCGAAAGUUAAGUGCACUAACUUCUUGCGAUUCGUCGUCUGUUCUCGAUUCAGCGAGAGCAAGGAUAUACAGUAUUCAUGGAAAGAGAUCCAACUGAGAGCAAAUGAGAUUCUUGAAGACUACAAUCGAUUUUGAAGCAAUGGCGCGCUCAGAUAGCUCGCGGUUGCGGAUUGUCAGCGCCUGCCAGUUGCAACCAGUUCUAGUUAUAAGUAUUUUCUUGCACCCAACAGGUAUUGUGGGCUGAUAAUAAAAUAAGCCAAAGUAGUGAAUGAUUAGGGACAGUCUUAGACAAAAAGAUAAAAAUAAUUUUUCCAAAAAGUUUCAAACUACAAAUGAUUAAACAACGCUUCAAGAAUGUGCGCGUUGCAAUCACAAAGACGAAAGAAAAAAUAUAAUAUAUUCUCUUCUGUCGAUUAAAAAAAUUUCUAAAUUAUCGAAAUAGGAAGAUGUCGUCAAGGCGAUAGAAAAUGUCGGAUACAACUACGUCAACAUAAAUAAUAAAGAGCAUAUAAUAAUCGAGGGAAAUAUAUAUAUUAUUUAAGAUAAUAAGAAAGAUAAAGUUUAUAACUAUCGAUAUACGGGUGAAAUGAAAUAUAUGUAUAGCUUUUCAAAUCAUUAAUUAAAACAGGGAAUUGAUUGUCAACCCAACUGGCGAAUUCCUCUAUUUAAUACUGUUGCGUAUAGCCUAGGGUACUCGCACACACACGCAUGCGAUAUACACAGAUGUGUCAAGUCGUGCACGACAAGCGCAAACGAAAAUGACCCAUAUACAUAUACACAUAAAUGUACAUGCGAUUGUAAGACUCAGAGAGACACGCUGAUGGAGCAACAAAAUCCGGACUAGAGCAACAAAUUUGCACAUAAAUGGCACUAAAAAAAAUUUUUUUUUUUAGUUCAAUUUGCGAUAGUAGGGGGGGGGUCCAGCUUUAUAGGGGUAACAUUGCGGAUGUUCGAUUGGAGUUAAUUAAUUCGUAGGUAACGUCGUAAAAACAACCAAUGCGUUAUUACGACCUACAUAGAUUUGAUUAGUCAUACAUUACAUUUAGAUUUUCGGUGACGGUUUGUAAUGAAUAGUGUUGUUAGGUUUUUCGGUAAAAAAAAAAACAUUUCGGUAUUUUCUCGGUUCCUCGUUAUGUAAAAUAUUUUACUUAUCGUUUUGGUGGCUAUAAUGCCAAUUGUUAAACGAACAGCUUAUAUGUAGAUAAGUUUCUCCAAUAUUUUGUAGAUAUUUCCUUGGAAAACCACAAUCCGGGUGGUCGAAAAGUCGGAAUAAAUUGUUAAAUUAAACCACUU